UGUAGUUAUUCCUGGAGUUACGGGGUUCUGUUUGUAACUGGUUUGUAGUCCUCUCGGGCUGUCAACCGGUCCCUUCCAGUCAUUCUUUCCGGCUGCGACAUAAUCUCGAACGUGUCGCGUUGCGUGUCUCCCUUACGUACCUUAACUUCCCUUUGGUAGUCUUUGGCUCAGUUCAUCGCAUCAGUACAUCGCAUCAGUACAGUGUGUUUUAGACAUCUGUGUGUCUUUCUAUCUGUCUCAGGGUCCGGCUGCGGAUAACCUGUGUGACGGCAGCAGCCACAACAUGGCAGCGGUGGAUAGCUUCUCCCUCCUGUACCGUCAGAUGGCCCGGUCCUGUAGCAGCACGGUGGAGACCCUGGCCCUGGUGGGGGCCCUGUACACGGCCUGCAGGGUGUGCACUGUGUUGCACAGAUGCUGCUCUCUGGUCAGGGUCCACUUCCUCCCACGACUCAUGCCCAACAGGAGGACCUUGGCCCAGCGGUUUGGUGCAUGGGCAGUCAUCCACGGUGCAGCAGAUGACACGGCCCACGCCUAUGCGGAGGAACUGGCCCGGCAGGGCAUGAGCCUCCUCUUUGUGAGUCGUGAUGGCACCAUGAGUACAGACCUAUCAAAGGCUCUCUCUCAACGCCAUGGAGUAGAAGUGACUGUGGUUGAAGCUGACCUGGCUCUCGGCGACGCAGCCAUCCAGUCCCUCAGAGAGGCUCUGGGGGAUAAAGACGUGGGCAUAUUGGUGAACUGUGGGGCCAGGUCUCUGGAGGAGCCCAUCCCCCUGACAGAGACGUCAGAGCAGGGACUGCUGGAGCUGGUGAACAGGGCCGUGCUGGCCGCUGCCCUUAUGACCAGACUGGUUCUGCCCGGGAUGGUGGAGCAGGGACGCGGUGCGCUGGUCCAUUUGUGUUCUGGUGCAGGCAGUCGAUCCUCCGGUGCAGCACUGUUCGCCUCACAGGGAUUCCUGGAAAGGUUUACCCAGGCUCUUCACCUAGAAUACGGCAGACGAGGGGUUUUCCUCCAAACUCUGACUCCACUCCAGGUGCGUUCCAGAGUAGGAGAAGCCUCCUCAGUGCUGGACCUGGGGGGCUGGCUGGUCCCUGAAGCAGAGGUGUACGCCCGCCAUGCCAUCUCCACCUUGGGCGUGGCCCACCACACCACAGGCUACUGGCCCCACACGCUGCAGCAUGGAGUCAUGAGUUACAUCCCUGAGCGGAUUUGGUCGCUGGCAUCACAGUUCCUCUGAUUGGUUCAACAUGUUUUACUUUUUUGCUUUUGCCAUCCAUCCAUCCUUCCGCCUGAUUGAACAAUGGAUACACGAUUUUCAGAUGACUAUUUUUUUCAGAACAUUAUUUAAAUAAUGGAGACCUAUAAGUUCAUUAGCCUGAUGGACAGUAUAUGUUAAUGGUAACAAUAUAUCAGAUAUUCUUGGGACGUGACCAUUUUCUAAGGACUGUGGUUGUGACCCAACUUUCUUCCAUGUACUCUACUCGCACUGUGAAGAGGCCAUGAAGUGUAUUUAAAUACGUAUUUGCACCACAGAAUUCAACCUUUCAGGCAUUCCUUUGUGGGUUACCCUUCCAAUGUCUCCUUGGUGUUAGCAGUGUGUCUAUAGCACACAGCACUACUCAAAUGUUGCACCACAGCUCAAGACAAUACAUAAACACAAUUCUUUGGAUAUCAGCACGCACCAAGUUUCUUGGCCUCCAAGGGGGAAUUGAGAUAGUAUUCAAAUAUAGACAUGUUGGUCAAAAACCUUGAAAUACAAUAUUUACUUUAAAUGCCUCUGUGUGCGUCUGAAGCUUUUAGAAUUCUCUCACCAAUGCUUGGGAUGCUUGGGCAGGUUUUGAUAGGGGCACAAUCUAACCUCCCAAAAGCUACGUUUUAUUGGGUGAAAUUUUAAGAAAACAAAAAUGUUUGAUAUUAACCUUCCAUUUGUUUAGUAGUGAUUUAUUUUUCCAUCCGUUUCUUUUUUUUGGAUUUCUGUUUCCGUAAAUCACGGAAGACUGGAAGUAAGUUACACUUUUCCUGGCCUUCCCUGCUGUCUGGAGCUUCCUACAUGAGAUGUGGGCUUGCAUAAGGCUGCUGGAGCGCUAUUCUCAGUGUAAAUCGUUGACUGCAGCUGCAGAGAGCGUUCCAGACACCUAGAGCCUCCCUGAAUGGCCACGAGAAAGCCUAAACACGGAGCCCUAUCGCAACCAUGGGAUCAUGAUGGGUGCACUAUGGGUGGAAAUGCGCACAGACUUACCUUGGUGUGUGAAUGGACCUGAAGAGUGUGUCGGGGUAGGGAGGGCACAAGGUGGUCCUAGCCCCUUCCCCUAAUGUAGCCCAACCAACACAAGUCGAUUAAAUACAGAAGUAGGUGCAGUACCCCUCAACGAUAGACCAACAUGUUGGAAAAACAACUAAUAUAUAUGUUUGUUUUGAAGAUAUUUUUAUAAAGGUUUUUUGCAAAACCA